AAUUGCAACAUCAUGACAACAGAGAAGAGUUUAGUGGCUGAGGCUGAAAAUUCACAGCACCAACAACAGAAGGAAGAGGGAGAGGGAGCUAUAAACUCAGGCCAACAAGAAACUCAGCUGGGAGAGGCUUCUCAAGCAGCAGCUGAGGGAGAUAAUCAGUGUGAGCAGAAGCUGAAAACAUCUAAUGGAGACACUCCUACACAUGAAGACUUGACCAAGAACAAGGAGCGGACAUCAGAAAACAGGGGCCUGUCACGGCUGUUCUCCUCAUUUCUCAAAAGGCCUAAAUCUCAGGUCUCUGAGGAAGAAGGCAAAGAAGUAGAGUCAGCUAAAGAGAAAGGUGAAGAAGGUCAGAAAGACAUAGAAUUUGCAACCAGUCUUGAUGAAGAAGUCAUUUUAAAGGCCCCAAUUGCAGCUCCUGAACCGGAACUCAAAACAGACCCAUCCUUGGAUCUUCACUCAUUAAGCAGUGCAGAAACACAGCCUGCUCAGGAAGAACGCACAGAAGAUCCAGAUUUUGAAACUAAGGAAGGAGGAGGAGUUGAAGAGUGCUCUAAAACAGAAGUGAAAGAAGAAAGCCCUGAAUCAAAAGCAGAAAGAGAAUUAAAAGCUUCCCAGAAAUCAAUCAGAAGACACAGAAACAUGCAUUGCAAGGUUUCUUUGUUGGAUGACACAGUUUAUGAAUGUGUUGUAGAAAAACAUGCAAAAGGACAAGAUUUACUUAAGCGAGUGUGUGAGCACCUCAAUCUUUUGGAAGAAGACUACUUUGGUCUAGCCAUUUGGGAUAAUGAAAACUCCAAGACAUGGCUGGAUUCUGCCAAAGAAAUAAAAAAGCAGGUUCGUGGUAUCCCUUGGAAUUUCACAUUUAAUGUAAAGUUUUAUCCACCUGACCCAGCACAGUUAACAGAAGAUAUAACAAGAUAUUAUUUAUGUCUUCAACUUCGACAAGACAUAGUUGCAGGACGUCUGCCCUGUUCCUUUGCAACUUUAGCUUUAUUAGGUUCUUAUACCAUCCAGUCUGAGCUGGGCGAUUAUGACCCUGAACUCCAUGGUUCAGAUUAUGUUAGUGAUUUUAAACUGGCCCCAAAUCAGACCAAGGAACUUGAAGAGAAAGUCAUGGAACUGCAUAAGUCAUACAGGUCCAUGACUCCAGCUCAAGCUGACCUGGAAUUUCUUGAGAAUGCCAAAAAGUUGUCUAUGUAUGGUGUUGACCUUCAUAAAGCAAAGGACUUGGAGGGAGUGGACAUCAUCCUAGGUGUCUGCUCUAGUGGCCUUCUGGUUUACAAAGAUAAGCUGAGAAUUAACCGCUUUCCUUGGCCCAAAGUGCUGAAGAUUUCUUAUAAACGUAGCAGCUUUUUUAUCAAGAUUCGGCCUGGAGAGCAAGAACAGUAUGAAAGUACCAUCGGAUUCAAACUUCCCAGUUACCGAGCAGCUAAGAAAUUAUGGAAAGUCUGUGUCGAGCAUCACACAUUUUUCAGACUGACAUCUACAGACACCAUUCCUAAAAGCAAAUUUCUUGCACUGGGAUCCAAAUUUCGAUACAGUGGCCGAACUCAAGCUCAAACCAGACAAGCUAGUGCUCUGAUUGACAGGCCAGCCCCACACUUCGAGCGUACAGCAAGCAAACGGGCGUCCCGGAGCCUCGAUGGAGCGGCUGUCGAUUCAACAGACCGAAGUCCUCGGCCCACUUCUGCACCGGCCAUUGCUCAGAGUCAGGACACAGAAGGCAGUGUGCCAGGUGCACCUGCCAAAAAAACAGUGGUUUCUAAAGCACAGAAGGAAACAGUGAAGGACGAAGUGAAAAAGGAAGAAGUGCCACCUGAGCAAGCUGAGCCAGAGCCCACAGAAGUGUGGAAGGGGGAAAAAAAAACCCACAUCGAGGUCACAGUACCCACCUCAAAUGGUGACCAAACACAGAAGCUUGCAGAAAAAACUGAAGAUCUGAUAAGAAUGAGGAAGGAUUUAGACAAAAGUCAAGAAGAGAUCAAAAAACAUCAUGCCAGCAUCAGUGAACUGAAAAAGAACUUCAUGGAAUCUGUACCUGAACCACGGCCUAGUGAGUGGGAUAAACGCUUAUCCACUCACUCCCCGUUCCGAACACUUAACAUCAAUGGCCAAAUCCCAACAGGAGAAGGAAAUAUAAAUGGCAUUCGCACAGAGGAGGCGGCUGCCGUGACAAAGGGGCCAUCUACCAACCCUGACUCUGAAUGGGAGGGCCCCGAGCAUUCAGUAAUUCCUAGUAAGAGCCAAAUGACUACCCCCACGGAGUCUCCACAAAGCUUUGACUUUGGCUCCCUCUCCAUAAGCAGCAAGGAAACAGAAGAGAAGGAGCAGGGGGCUGCUGGCCAUCUUGAUAUUAAGGAAAUGCCAGGAGGCCCAAGUGGGGAAUGUAUAGGAGUGGAGGAACAGGCCAGUGCCUUAAAGUUCUCAGUAUCACCAGCUUCCUCUCAGCUGCAACUUGGUGAAAAAAAGGCAGAGAGUAGUGAAGAACAUGUUACACCAGGAGAGCCACUUGGAAAGCAAAAUGGAUCACUUGCUGACUCUUGUGUGGGUAACCAGUUCCCCACCCUCAUUCGAAGUUUCCAGCCUCCUCUGGUGAAGACUCAGACUGUCACCAUCUCAGACACGGCCAAUGCCGUGAAAAGUGAGAUCCCAACCAAAGACGUCCCUAUUGUCCACACCGAGACCAAGACCAUCACCUACGAGGCUGCUCAGACUGACGAGAGCAAUGGGGACUUGGACCCAGGAGUCUUGCUGACAGCUCAGACCAUCACCUCUGAGACCACCAGCAGCACCACCACAACUCAGAUUACCAAGACGGUCAAAGGUGGGAUAUCAGAGACACGGAUUGAAAAGAGAAUUGUGAUCACAGGAGAUGCCGAUAUUGACCAUGACCAGGUCCUGGUGCAGGCCAUCAAGGAGGCAAAGGAGCAGCACCCGGACAUGUCAGUGACCAAGGUGGUCGUCCAUCAGGAGACUGAAAUCUCUGAGGAAUGAGCUCAGGAAUCACUUACCCCCGACUCCCUGCCCGUCUCCCAUCCAUGAGAAAACCAGAGAAACGACAAAGAAGCUAGCCUGCAAUAGUCAGACUUCAGACUUUCAAGGUUCUAAACCACCAGAAAAUUAAUUUCAUUUUCUAUUUGGAGUUUAUACCAACAGUCUUUUAGACAUCACUGACCUUUUGAAUACCUUUUUCUAUAUUGUGAUACUAGAACUGUUCGACUUUUCACUCUACGGACUGUUUUUAAAGAGCUUUUUGGUUUUUUAUGGGGUGGUUUGUAACCCCUUCAGCCCAGCCUCUCCCCAUUGAUUUCCAACCCAGAUGCUGACAGGGCCCACAGAAUUCUUCUGGAAGCCUCCAAAGACUGUCCGCUGUGUUGGGGCCAAAGCCAGCUGCAUGAGGCUGCCCUGCUCUCCCCUAGUUUUAUAUCCUUUGGGUGACAGUAGAAACUUUAAAAACCAGCCCUUUCUCAGAGCCAAUGAUGUGACUUUACAGGAAUGUCGGGCAGGGUGCUGCCCCGACCCACAGACCCAGCAGAGUCCCUGUCCCUUUGCGGAGGGUGGUUUGGGGGAGGCAGAGGCCUCUGCCAAGAAUGUGGUAUUGCUUUUCCUCCCUCCUAUUCUUUCUUUUUGGAGAUUCUUUAGAUCAAAGAUGUAAGAAGUUGCUCAGCUCUAUCUGAUACUGUGAAUGUUUUAACAGAUCCGUGGCCUUCACCUUCCUGCCCUCCGACCCCUUUUACCUCACCAGAAGCACUGGCUCUGCUAGGUACUCCCCCACCUCCCAUCUCAGGAGAGCAGAACUCACAGGAAAAUAGGCACUUUGGGCCAAAAGCACUAGUGGCACAUUUUUAGUGGUGAUUUGGGCAAAGAAAAUGAAUGAGGUUUUUGAAAGGUUUUCUAGUUCUGGGAAUGUGCACUGCACACAGGGGAAUGGGGGGUUCACCUCGUUCAGGUCCCACCAAGAAGCAUUUCCAGGUGACCACCCCGACCAUGUGGCAGCCCUCAGAGCACAGGACCACGCGUCAGGGGGCCUACCCUUCCUUCAGCUCUGUCACCAGCUCAGCACACUUCUCCUUGCUGCUCCCUGUCUGUAAACUGGAGCAGAUCUGUAACGCCCUCCCCGCACCGGGAAGUCACACUGGGGACAGGCUAGCAUGAGGGGUGUCCUUCCAGGCCUCUUCCCCCUCCUCCCUCUCUGCUGACAGAUCCUGAGGUUUGGCAGUAGUCAGACUUUUUCUUCCUGCAGUUGUGUGUGCGUGUGUGUGUGUGCAUGAAGAAAAGCAGACCCUGUCCAGGUAGGAAAUGAAGAGGAGCGGGACUUGGCAGUUUUCCUAGUGACUCAGACACAUCACAGUAACAACUCUCGCUGCAAUUUUAUUUUUAUUUCACUUGAGAAAUAAAGACUUCCUCCAAGCCACCCGAGGUCUCUGCCACCCACCCACCCACCAUGCCGGACCUGCACUUAUAAGCGGAGGGCCCACAGAGCCUGGCUGUCAGGGUGUCUUUAACGCCUUUCCCAAACCUCCCACCCCCCACCCCCCACCCCCGUGUGUGCAGCAGGGCAGCGGAGGGUGAGGGGACAGCAGUCAUCUCAGCGACUGGAGCCACGGCUGUGGCCUUACCGACCCCCAGGAAUGCUCAUGGGAACUGUCUGCCAGGAUCUCAGCCCCAGGCUGGUGGUUUUACAAAUCUCUCAAAUGUAUUAUUUUGGUGACAAAAAUGAAGGAGCUUUGUAAAAUUUUAAAAAAUUAUGAAUCAUAUCAAGUAGUUGUUUACAUUUGACAAAAUAGGAACUAUGGCAGCAGAAUCAAAUUGGCAAAAUCCUUAGGUUAAACAGGCAAUAAUUAAGUCUGCUGUUUUGGCCUUUUGUAGUAAGAGAAGUGGCUGUAGUGUUUAGACAAGUGUUUGGUCUUGCUUCUUGUACUGCAUUUUUCAAUAAACU